AUGGCCGAGGAAAACAAGCACGUUGCUGAGCAAGAGGUCCCGAAGGUAGCGACGGAGGAAUCAUCGGCGGCGACGGGAGAGGUUACGGAUCGUGGAUUGUUCGAUUUCUUGGGGAAGAAGAAAGAGGAAACAAAACCAGAGGGGACAAUCGACUCAGAGUUCGAGCAAAAGGUUCAUAUUUCGGAGCCGGCGCCGGAGGUUAAACACGACGAAGAAGAGAAGAAGCAUAGUCUCCUUGAGAAGCUUCACCGAAGUGACAGCUCUUCAAGCUCCUCAAGCGAGGAAGAAGGUGAAGAUGGUGAGAAGAGGAAGAAGAAUAAGAAGGAUAAGAAGAAGGAUAAGAAGAAGACAACUACCACUACUGAAGGAGAGGUGAAAACAGAGGAGGAGAAGAAAGGGUUUAUGGAUAAGCUAAAGGAGAAGCUUCCAGGACACGGAAAGAAGCCGGAAGAUGCCUCACCUGUCGCCGCCGCACCUGUUGUUGUUCCUCCGGUGGAGGAAGUGCAUCCGGCGGAGAAGAAGGGUAUCUUGGAGAAGAUUAAGGAGAAGCUUCCAGGAUACCAUCCCAAGACCGGUGAGGAAGAGAAGAAGAAGGAAUCCGACUAA